GGCCAAAUAGCCAUCAACAUCGCGCUAUUGAGUGAUCGGAGGUUAGGGUUGCGGUACUCUCAAUCUGCAGCAAUGAGCACUCCUUUCCUCCUUCGACGCUCUUUCGCCACUCCCUUUUUCAAUUCUACCCUAUCAUGCAAACCGAGAUCAGCUUAUUUGAGUUCACUGCUUGGCUCUGGUCUUUCUCGAUCGGCCCAACACUUUAGAUUACCUCUCACGUUCUCCUCACAAGCAACCUCCUUUCCUACAUUAGAAUCAUCAUCCCUACUCAAGUUCCUCUCGAACAAUACUUUGAGGGCGACGCAUAAGUCGAGAAUACCACAGGCCGGUCGCGUACGUGAUCCGUUCAGAGGCCCUCCUCCUCCAAGAGGUCCUUGGCAGCGAUUUCGCCAACGGAUAGACUCAUUGCCAAGUCAAGUGUUCUUUUGGGGUAUACUAGGACUCAAUGGUGCAGUAUAUCUAGCAUGGUAUGUUGCCCGUUCAAAUGCUACUGUGGGAGGCGACCCGCGUCUAUAUUUUUGGAUGCGAAACAACUUCACCUCGAGCAUGAAUAAUCUACAGCACGGUCGGAUAUGGUCGAUCGUCACCAGUACCAUGUCUCAUGAAAACACUAGCCACCUCCUCUUCAAUGGAUUCACAUAUUUCUUCAUGGCGCCUGCAGUCUUGGCCAUCCUCGGGAACGUAGGUUUCUUAGGACUUUACUUCGGAGGUGGAAUAAUUGCCAACUUAACCAGUCUUUACUGGCACAACAAUGUCAAGCUCCAACCUGGCUACUCCUCCCAUGGCGCAUCCGGAGCGAUCUAUUCGGUGAUAUCCUUCUUUGCUUGUGUCGCCCCUACAACACAAUUCCUCCUUUUUGGAGUUGUUCCAGUACCGGCGUGGGCCUUCGUUGCUGGUGUGUUCGCAUACGAUGGUUACAGCACGGUGCAGGACAAGCAAUCCGGCACCGACACUGCAAACCACAUCGGUGGACUGCUUGCUGGAAUGGGUUUCUACUUGCGAAAGCGGUUCUUACGCUUCUAGACUAGAAAGGUUUCACGCACGGAUACAGACAUUUACAUUCCUCUCUGACCGAGUCCAUUGGAAUAUGUAUCAUCAUAAAGUAUCACCACUCGAGUAGGAAAUUGAAUGCAAGAAACCACCGUUCUAGUAAAUUAACUACUAAGGA